AUGUACAUUCUAAAUUUUGCAUUAGUCCUACUUUUAGUAGGUUUGUGUGCAGCCGAAAAAGGUUUUCAUGAAAAGUUAGGGUGCCAUUUCAACCCAACCAAUCCAAGCUGUGAAGUAUUUAAUGCUUGGAUUGAUCGUGUGUGCGUGUAUGCUUGCAAUGGUUUGGCCGUCAAGCAAAUUCAGAUGGAAUUUGAUGCUUGCUGUACCUACUUGGAUAUAGCAAAUCAUUUUGCUGGAGAUGACGGUGACCGACCAGGUGUUGGAUGCUUUUUCUUCAAAGCGGCUAGACUUGAAUGCGAACAUGGUGCUAAACUAAUGGAUCACCUCUCGUUUAGCGGUCAACGUAAUAACAUUUCUGGUGUGGUUAAAGCUCCUAGCAUUGCAAUUCGGAAGUGGAAUAAUGUAGCCGACGCUAUGCAGAUCGCAGUGUCUUUGGAAGCGAAAAUAGCAAAAGCAAUUCGCAAUCUCAUUUCAGCAUGUAAAUGUCAAACUUGUGAGUGUUGCGGUGGAAUAGCACCCUGCAAUUUUCGUCACUUCGUUGAUUUCUUGACUGGUUUGUACCUGGACGGACGUGGUCAGUUACGUGGUCAGCGUAAAUUAGCGGGUAUGUUCAGCAAGUUAAGCAAAUUGGAAGAAUUGAUGGGCCGUGAGUUGGCUAUAAACAUGAUGGAUACUACAUUCAAUGAUUAA